ACAAAGUUUAUACGCAUUUCGCCCGUGCGGGUUUUACUACAUUUAAUCUGCAUUCAACUUUCAGGGAUUUUACACACAAAAAAAAGUUUUAUUUUAAAUAUGCUUUUGUUUUUUUCAUAUUGGAUUGUAUGAAAAAAAAGUUUCUCUGGAUACUUAUUACACCAAGCAACGUUUGCGAUCUUUUGUUGUUUGUUUGUUUUUUCAGAAACUUUCAAAAGGAAUUUAGCAGGAAAAGAUAGCGAAUUUGAUCUAAAAAAAAACUACUUUAGGACAAGGGAUUUAAAAAUUUAAUACCAGGAGUUUAGAUUCUGAAGAAAAGGACGUCAUAAUGGCGCCCUAUAUAAAACAAGCAUCUUUGUACUUAUUUGCAUUCCUCAUCAUCAACAUUUCACAGACUCUUGUGUCAGGCAAUGUCUUCACAUUAGAGCCAAAAGAUAAUUACUUUGUAAGCAAAACUGACCCUGUACAAAUCACCUGCCAGGCAAAAAAUGUGCAUGAUAUCACAUUCGAAUGCUUCUCAAAACGAAUCCCAGAAACGUCUAUAGAGAAAGGAAAUGACGAAACUGUGCCAGAUGACGAGGUUCAAGCCAGCAUUAUUGUCACGUAUGCCGAUGUGACAAGUAACGGGCAAACAAUAACGUGUGAGUGCAUUGCUGUAGGCCCAGCUGAGGAGAUCUUAGGUCGCAGCAAACCAGCGACCGUUAAUGCAUUUGAUGAUGAUAACGUAUUUAUUAAAAGACAACCCCAAGACGCAACAGUUAAUGAAGGAGAAAAUGUCCGCUUUGAUUGUGGAAUUACAGAAACAAAGCAGAUUACACGUUUUUUAUGGCGGAGACAGAGAUCUUGGAUUAAACCUACUGAAGAGAGAAUUUCUGUAGCAGAGAACGGUUCUUUGACCAUCUCAGAGGUAACGAAAGCUGAUUCUGGACCUUAUUUCUGUACCGUAAGGAUCGGUAACAAGAGACUAGACAGUACAAGUGCCACGUUAACUGUUGCAGAAAAGAAAGAUCUUUCCAAAACAGAUGAAAAACUACAAAUCAUUACACAACCCCAAAGUGUAGAAGCUAAUCAAGGAGAAAAUGUUCGCUUUGAUUGUGGAGCUACAGUGACAAAAUCCCAACCACUUAUUUCAUGGCGUAAAAGUGGAAAAUUGCUUCAACCUGCAAGUGAUACAAGACUUUCUAUAGCUAGAGACGGAUCUUUGACCAUCUCUGGAGUAACACUUAGCGAUGCUGGAUACUAUACCUGUAUAGUGAGAGUACAAAGCCAAAGAGUUGAAAGCGUAAGAGCAGAGUUAAAAGUCCGAGAUGAGACAGAGCUUUCCGAAACAUAUGAAAAACUACAAAUCAUAACACAACCCCGAAAUGCUGAAGUUAAUAGAGGAGAAAAUGUCCGCUUUGAUUGUGGAGUUAAAGCGACAAGACAAAAGCCAACUAUUUCAUGGCUGAAAAAUGAAAUAGAGCUUCUGACUGCCGUCAAUCCUAGACUUACUAUAGACGAGAAUGGCUCUCUGAGCAUCACAGGGGCCACACGUAAUGAUAUAGGGCAGUAUAGCUGUAAAGUGAUCCUAUCAAACCAAAUAGUCAAAAGCCAAAGGGCUAAGCUAAUAAUUACAGAGUUGAAGCCUUAUUUUACAAACACACCCAAAGCAGAAUACUUUGUGUCCCGGGACCAAGACGCGUACUAUCAUUGUACCGGCAUCACUGCUGUUCUUCAAAUUUUUUGCAAUGGAAAGAAACUUGAGAAACAUGAAUAUACUCAACAACAGGGAAUAGUUUUAGACAAUAAAAAGGAAUUAAAGGCAAUGCUGAACAUAAGCUAUACCAAAGUUUCAGACUACCUGGCAAAAAAUCCAGGCGUACAAUAUAACUGCACAUGCGUUCUAAUGAAUCCAGUUAGUGGUGUGCCAUUAAAUGCAGAAGCUGAAAGUUUAAUAACUAUUGGCAGUUUGGGGCCAAGAUUUACAGUUGAGCCGUCUGACACAACAGUCGAUGUGAAAACUACAGUGAAGCUUCAAUGCGAACACACAGAUGGAAGGCCAAAGCCUGUAAUAAACUGGUAUAAGGAUGGUCAACUGGUAGAUGUGACAACUAAGCAAAGUAUGGCUGAUUUAUGGAUUAAAGAUGUUUCAGACUCAGAUGCAGGAGAGUAUUAUUGUGUAGCAAGUAAUCUUUAUGGUGAAUACAGGAGUAGAACUGCCAAGUUAAUAGUUCUCCCUGAAGUCUGGACUAUUGAUGAUCUGCUUGUCACACCACUCCCAGAAGUUACAUAUAUUGCUGAGGAUCAAAAGGUCAACUUGACCUGUGUUUUUCACCACACAAAUAACGUUCAUGCUAAAUGUGCUGGUGAAAGGCUCAGUGACACCCAAUACGAUUUAAAAACAAAUGCCCUCAUUACACCAGUUGAGGCAACUUUGACAAUAAUGUUGAGCGCUGAUUUAGUGGCACAAGACAGAGACAACUUUUUCUGUGUCUGCGAAGCCCUCAAGUAUGAAAACAAAACAUAUGUUACUUAUACCAGCAAACCUGGCUAUGUCUAUAUAUCAACCAUUGAUUCAGCUUUUAAGAAGGAUCCUAUGAGCCAAACAGUUGAAGAAAAUGAUAAAGUAACAUUAAUGUGCAUUCCACCAGAGGGCAGGCCUCAGCCUGAGAUAUACUGGCUAAAAGAUGGAGUUCGAAUUGAUGAAAAGAGAGACACUGACUAUUCAAUAAAAACUGGAUCUCUAGUUAUUGAGCAAGUUCAGUCCUCAAAUGCAGGAGUAUAUGAAUGUGUUGCUUACAAUGGAUAUGUUACAAGAAAUUCUCAACCAGCUGCAAUCUCUAUCAGAGGGGGAACAACAAUAGACCCAGAUAUGACUACUGAAAUAGAUUCAUCAAUAAUAAAAGGUGAUCUUGAGGAAGAGUACUACCUAACUGGUGACUCCAUUAGACUAGGGUGUUAUGAUGAUGAGGCACAGAAUAUCAACUUUGUGUGCAAUUCACAAACUUAUAAAGGCAUUGGUUCAUCUAUUACUAUUGAAAACACUUCUUAUAAGCUGUUUGAGCUUGAAGUCACCAAGGAGGAGGUACAAAAAUACAAUAUGGAAAAUAACCAACCCUAUAUAUGCCAGUGUGAGAUUUAUAGAAAUCAACAAAAAGAGCUUGGAACUGAGGCUAAGGUUUAUAUAGCAUUUUUAGAAAAUAAAUUCCUUGAAGAGCCAAUGGACAGAGAAGUAGACGAGGGUCAAGAUGUUAUGUUAUCAUGCAAACCUCCUCGUGCAUUUCCAGGACCUGAGACACAUUGGCAAAAAGAUGGAAAGAACAUCACAGCUACCCAAGGAAAGUAUGAGCUUGAAAUGGGUAACUUAAACAUUAAAGACUUUUCUGACGAGGAUGUCGGCAUCUACACAUGUGUGGUGGAUGUUCUUGAAGGGCAGCUGAAAAAAUCUAGUCGUGGUGCAUUCAUCAGAAUCAAAGAAGAUCCUGAAGUAAUCACGACUCAAGUAUCGCGUGUUGUGGAAACUAGACCUAACAAAGGAGUAAUUAAAGAAAAUAGUUUCAUUUCUAAGGAAUUGCCAGAAAUCAGCUAUAUCAUUAAAGGCAAACCCUUGGAGCUUUUGUGUGAAGCUUAUGGAGUAGAUGACAUCCAGAUUUGGUGUGGUGGUGAGCAGAUCACAACCAAAGUAACAAAAAGAGUUGAUGAGAACAGCAACAUGAACACUGUUGUUCAGGGAUCAGCAGAAGUGACAGAAGAGACAUUAGGAGAUGAAGAAAGAAUUACCUGCCAAUGUAGAGCUCUGUAUUCUGAAGAUGGUGACGAUAUGACUUACAAUGCUAGGGAAGGAUCUGUUGAACUUGCUUCUUUAGAUGAAAAGUUUGAGACAGAACUGUCAACAGAUGUCAUCACUCUGAUGCAAGGAGACAAUCAUAUAUUUAUGUGCAUACCGCCAAAAGGAAAUCCUCCACCUAAAAUUAUGUGGUUCAAAGACAACGAGACCCAAAUGGCAAACAUUGCUGGUGAAGGAAUGCUUUCAUUAAUUGACGUAGAAUUAGAUGCUGCUGGAGACUAUACAUGUGUUGCUGAGAAUGUUGCCGGGAGACGUAUAAGUGGCCCAGCCAAAGUUAUUGUCAUUCCUAAAAAUGACUCAACAACCAAUGUUACUCCUGCUAUGCCUGAAAAUACAUAUUUUGAAUCAACUACAAUGAAUAUUGAAGGAAAAAAUGAUACCCCUUUAAAUACAUGUACUAACCGUCUAGAGAAGUGCACUAAACUUGCUAUGGACAAAAACUGCAGUAAUCUUAAUAUUGGUGAGAAAUGUGUCACUCAGUUUAAGGAGAAUUGUAAUAAUCCAACAGCAUCACUUUUAGAAGACAUGGUUACCCAAUGGCGUUCACAAUGUUCUCAGGAAACAUCAGUAAUUGAUGACAGUGAAUCAGCAAAGCCUGACAUGACAACAGCCAUGUCUGAAGAUGCAGGUAAGGACAUUGAAGUUGAGGAGGAAUUUAUUAAUACUAAAAAUAAGGAGACCUUAGCUGGCACAAAUUUCGUAGAUAAUACGGAGGAAAGUACUAGUCAAAGCUCUUCUAGUUCUGAAGAUAUUCAGAAAGAAAAUGUUCACUCUACUGUCGGACAAGAUAAGAGUGAUGAUAGUGAAGAAGAUGUUGAUAAUACAGACAAUGACAGUGAAAAAAUCAAUAAAAACGUGGAAGUCAAGGCUGAAAUAGAUGAAGAUAAAAUGAUGCAGAAAGAAAAUAGUCAAGAAGAAAAUGCGUCAGAUGCUGAAGGUGCAAAAUCAGCUGUAAAAGAUCCUGAAAAUUCAGCCUUUGGGUUGCACAUGUCUGUUUUGCUGACUACUCUUAUGCAGCUGAUGUUGGUGGCUAUGUUAUCCUGGAGAUAGAGGGCGUUAGUGUUUUAAUUGUGUGCAUGAUUGGAAUUUUCUUUUUCCUAUGUUUUUCAAAGUUAAGACAUUUGUGUGUGUGAGUGGUAUAGGCAAAUGAAUUUGAAAGAAUGUUUUAAUUUGUUUCUAUUUUAUUCUUAGUGGUGUGCCUUCAGUAUUAUUAAAUCAGGGUUGUGUCAUGGAUGCAAUUAUAGUAUUGUUUUGUUCCUUACAUUUUCCAUUUACAUACUUUAAAAGUCAGUUUUGAUAAUAUCUUGAAUCUCUCACAAACUUUGUGACUGUUUUGAGGUAUUGAUGAUGAAAGAAUAAUUACCAAUGAUAAAUAUGAUCAAAGUGUGAUUAUACAAGAGUCAAAAUUGUAAACAACUUUGAUACAUGUAAUCUAAUAAAAUAACUCGUAGUCUACCAUUUAAAAAAAAAACUAAACAUAGUAAAAAGACUAAUCAAAAUCAGUUAUUUAUAUAAUAAUAUAUGUAUCAAUUUAAAAGAUCAGUGCUAUUUUAUUGCUUUAGUUUAAAAAUUAUAAUUGUAUAGAUAUAUAACCUUACAAAAUAUAUCUAUAUUAUGUUUUGUUUCUCCCUAAUACUAAUCUAAGUACUUUAUAAAGUCAAUAUCUUAUUUUGCUUGAAGUUUAAAGGCACAGAGCUGUAUACCUGAUCAGGAGAAGCCACAAAGUUUUAUGGCAAAAUAAUGUACAGAAAGAAUAAUUUGUCGUGUUUUUUUUUUGUUUCUGGAUAACUGGCUUGCUAAUAAUGGUUAUAAAUGGUUAUUCAUAAAUAUAGGGCUCCAAAUUAUAAAGAAAAAAAAACACCAUAGUUCUAAAACUAUUGUGUAUUUUUUAAUAAAUGAGCAAAAUAUUUGAUAAUGAUGGAUUUGGGUGAGUUUUUAAAAAUAAUUUUCACUUUGUCCUUUUUUUACCUUUGAUAGUUCUUAAUCUAAUGAUUGUGUGUUAGUGGGAGUGAUGAACAUUAAUAUAUGACCAUUUAUUUGUCUUGUAUAUAUGUGUUCUAAUCAUAUUUCAAAAUCAUUCGGGGAUAACGCUGAAGAGACUUAUAAAUUCAUGUUUGUUACUGAGCUUUUUUUUCUACUGAAUUUCUUAUCUAAGGAGUGAAUCUUUGAAAAUAUAAAUAAUGUGCCUUUUAGUUGACUUCAUACUUUAGUCUCAUUCUUAAAUAACUUGUAAUGUGUUCAUUAUGCUGAAGAAGAUACAUUUUUAUUUCAGUUUUUAUUUAUGGUUUUCUUUUGCAUUUUAUUACCUUUCGGCUGUUUAAACCUCACUUUUAAUUUUAGUUAUUUUAUGCAGAUUACAGUAAAUGCCUUUUAAGUGCUCUAAAUGAUCAUUAACUUUUAAAUGAUCUUCUUUUUAAAUUACAUAAUAUGUAAUUUGUGGAAAUACCGGAUAUCUUACAUUUAGAUUUGUAGAAGUACAUGAUAUUUUACGUUUAGAUUACAUGAUAUAUUCCAGUUUGAUUUGUUUUAAAACUUAAUGAAAUAAUAUUGGUCUUAAUAACUAGAAAUGUUUUGUUUUUGUUAACUUGUAAUUUCCUUAUUUUUUUGUGAUUAUGGUUAAAUGUAUUUCUUUCAUUUACUAGCCCGCUGAUAUAGCACAUUAUUUUCAUUUUAAUACUUGGGACUUAAAUUAUUGCGACUUGGGUUUGUUCCCAUUCCCAGAAAAAUUCAUCUUCAGAUCAUAAUUUUAAUAUAUAGUUGAGUACACAACGCUAACUUAAACAUCAUGUUUUAUAAUACUCAUUUCAUAUAGUAAUAAUAUAAAUACGUAUUUAGCUAUGAACAACAGCAACUGUUUAUAAUUCUUAUUAAACUCCACAUUAUAUUGAAAUAAAUGUAAUUCAUACUUAUCAGUAGCUGUUAACAAAAGUAUAUAAUUUAAAAUUACUAUGCAAUUUUUU